AUGCCUAGUAUUGAGAACCUCUGGACCAUCAACACCAAAUCCAACGCCAACGCCAAACAUCGCACACUCACUUCACGAUCGGAUUCUCACUCAGACGACUUCUUGCACAGUACCAAGUUCCUUGCUCCCGUAGUCUCAGUGUCUUUGAUCGGACUGAUCGUUGCUGGAAUCAUACUUUGGAAGGUCCUCGUCCCGCGGUUGAACUUGAGGGAAAUGAACAAGGAGCGUUCGUUGGAAGUUCAGGCACCUCGUACUGCGGGAGCCAAGGACAAGACCAAGGACGAUUUCAGUGAAGUCCUGGAUAUUAAGGCGAGUUCCACGGAAGACGACAGUAUACCAGUCAUCGUUAUCACUAGGAGCGAAGUUGACUUGUGCAAAGCGAUUGCACCUCCUCCGAAUACACCGGACAAUUCGCCAAAGCCUACGAAACGAAGUCUUCGGAAAUCUAUUAUUUCCAAUGCAAGCUCGCCCCAUGACGCAAGCAUUGCAAGCAACGCACUCUUCUUCACCGGAGAUAUGUGCGAAGAAAUGUCUACUAUCGCUACGAACCUGAAACGAUUCAGCUUUGCAAGGUCGAACGAUGUGGAGGUGAACAGUGUUGAUUCAGAGAAAUCUUCGGUGUUUAUCGUCGAGUCAGAGAGUAAGGGUUUGCUUGAGGGAUGUACUGCAGAGAAUGUUAGUGUAGACGCUGACGCUGACGUCGCGAGCGAUGAGAUGGAUUCUGUCGACAAAGCGAUUGAGAGAUUGGAGGAGCUUUUUAUGUCACUGCAAGUGAUGAUUAAUGACGGACAACACGGCGAAGCAUGUAUAGACAACGUUCCGGCCGGAUUAGUAGAGUCCGCUUCGAUCUCGCCAGUUUUCCCAUCGUUCUCACCCUCUCUCACAACGAUCGCGGAAGAAGACAUAGGCGAAUCCUCCCUUGUACAGAUCAGCAAUGCGGAGCUCUCUCAACCGAAAAUCGAAGAUACAGCAACCCCGCCUGGGACUCCUUUGACCGCUAUAACAAGUUCGAACACGAGUUUCAACGAUGAAGAGACUCUUGCCGGCUCUACUCCUGAGAAGAAAGAUGAGUUGACUGAUGGCUCGCCUGUUGCUCUGAUCUCUGUGCUUGCAUCGUCCCCUGCUUUUACUGGGCCAAUGACGCCAGUAACUCCUGCAACUGCUUCGUCAUCGUUUUCUUCCCUUUCCGCCUCCCCGUUUCCCUCGCACUCCUUGGAAUCUGAUGUACCAGGCUUCCUCUCUUUCACCGAGCAGCAAGUUCCCACUAUAGGAGGAGACAUAACCAAUCCUGAAGACGCUCAGCGACAUGCACAAGUCCGAUAUCCGCUAGGCGAAGUCAGAACAACAGCUCUAUCAAACGGUGUAGUUCAGCCACUUCAUCCUACACGUCGGGAACACAUGCGUACAUCCUCUCGGGACAAGUCUGAGAACCGAUCGAACAAGAACGCUCGAGAUAAUCCUGGACAUGGAACAACUCGAUCGCUUCCGCCACCUAUUCCCAGGGCUGGAUUGUAUUUCAUUCGGUAA